AUGAGUAAGGAAAACCCGCAACAUAACCUCAAUGAAGAUGCGGAUAAGACCAAGUACCAUUGUGCGCACUGUGACCAGCCGGAGAAUGACGAGUUGCAAAUGGCUUUCUGCGAUCAUUGCCAGAACGGCUACCACUACAGCUGCGUAGACGGUCCCACGACGGAAAAUGACGAUGAAGACUGGAUGUGCCCCCUGUGUCGAAAAUCCGAUACCGACAAUCCUGAUCCGGAAGAUGAAGAGAUUGCGGCAGCAAUAAAAGCAGUAGAGCUGGAGAGGGAACGUCAGCGGAACCGUCAGGCCCAGAAAUUGAAACUGGCCCAGAUGCAGAUGGAACUCGAAAAAGAGAAGCUGGAAAUGCAAUGGGACACUGAGAAGAAGAUUCUUGAGAUGAAGAUCAAGGCGGAAACUGACUUCAAUCGGAAUCACAAGGCCGAACGUAAGGAGUUACAAAAGGAAUUGAAAAAGUUGACCAAACAACGACUGCGGAAAGAGAAAAGUACGAAUAAAUCCGGUACCGUCGGGAAGAAAGAGGAAACGUCAAACCCUACAGAUUUCCGCGACGGGAACGUUAGUAAUUCAACUCCAAUUCUGCAAGCUGGUGCUUCAGAAACGCAGAUCAGGAAAACGAAAUUUAAGCAGGGAUCGGUAGUCUUCGGGGAAAAAAGUAAAACCUCAGUAGGGGAAAAUAGCAGCUUCGAGGCCGAAUCUGAAGACGGCAGUAGCGCCGAAUUAUCAGAUGAUAGCAGCAGUACCGAAUCGUCUGAGAACAGCAGUAGCACCGAAUCUGAAUCCGAAGAAAAGGGGUCCAAAAAGAAGAAGAGUGUUAGAGCAGGUCCAACAAAGGCGCAGAUGACCGCUCGUCAAUUCUUGUCUCGAAAGCUUCCCGCGUUCACCGGCCGCCCGGAGGAAUGGCCCAUAUUUUUCAGCAGUUAUCAAACAUCGACAAAAGCGUGUGGAUUUUCGAACUUGGAAAAUCUUGCCCGUCUUCAGGAGUGCUUGAAGGGUGCUGCCAGAGAUGCGGUCAGCAGUCGUCUCCUGUUGCCGGAUGCCGUGCCUCAAGUAAUGGAGACGCUGCGUAUGUUGUACGGACGUCCUGAGCAGCUUUUAAAUACGCUUUUAACGAAAGUGCGGAAGGCUGAUCCACCGAAAUCGGACAAGCUGUCGUCGUUCAUCACCUACGGGGUUCUCGUCCAACAGCUCUGCGACCACCUCGAAGCUUCGAAAUUGAUGGACCACUUAGUGAACCCGAUGCUCAUUCGGGAACUAGUGGAUAAGCUGCCAGCGAGCACGAAAAUUGACUGGGUACGGUAUAAACGGCAAGUGACAUCGGUGACGCUGAGGACAUUGGCAGAUUUUCUGUCAGAUUUAGUUUCCGCUGCAAGCGAAGUGGCUAACUACUCGGAAACGUCACCACAGGCCAGUGGUGGUAAAACGGGAAAGCCAAAGAACAACAAGGGUAAAGAGCAAGAGAGCUACGUUUACACGCAUAGCGGGUCUGAAGUUGCCGCUCAAAACAAAAAACCGGAACGUACACCGUGUGCGAUGUGUGGAGAAACCAAUCAUCGAUUGCGGAAUUGUGAUAACUUUCGCAAACUCAGCGUACCACAACGGUGGGAAGCGGUUAACAAAUGGGAGCUGUGUCCAAUAUGCCUCAAUGCUCACGGAAAAGCGAAGUGUAAGCUGAAUAUUCGCUGUACCGCAGAAGGUUGCUCGGAACGCCACAAUAGACUACUGCAUCCUGCCGAGUUUCAGUCAAGCUGUAACACCCACAGCGCUUUAUCCAAGGAUUCGAUCCUGUUUAGAAUGGUGCCGGUUAAGAUAUUCAACGGGAAUAACAACGUUUCGACAGUGGCGUUUCUAGACGAGGGGUCUUCGUAUUCGUUAGUGGACAGUUAUUUGACCAGAAAACUGCAGUGCAACGGUAUCACCCAACCGCUCCGUAUAACGUGGACCGCAGGGGUUUCUAGACUGGAGAAGGAUUCGCAAAAAAUCCAGCUGACGAUCUCAGCUACUGGAUCGAAUGAAAGGUUUAUCUUGCAGGAUGUACACACCGUAAACAACCUGAAGUUGCCGACACAGGCCAUGAGUUUCGCUGACGUAGCCGGAAAGUAUCGUCAUCUGGAAGGGUUGCCAGUGACCAAUUACGCUGCAUCUGCACCAUUGCUUCUGAUUGGACUCAAACAUAUCGAGCUUUUCGCCCCGUUGGAAUCUCGCGUCGGUCAACCAGGCGAACCGAUUGCCGUGCGCUCUAAACUUGGUUGGACGAUCUACGGACCGCAAGACUCAACGCAAGGUGAGGGAUUUCUAGCACAACACUCGUGUGCUGAAUUAUCGAAUGCAGAGCUACACGAUCUUCUCAAGUCACAGUACACCAUCGAAGAAAAGGGCUUCUCGGCGGAUUUGAUGCCGGAAUCAGACGAUGAUCGAAAAGCUCGGGAAAUGCUGGAGGAGAAAACUGUUCGCGUCGGCGAUAGGUUCAUGACUGGACUGCUGUUCAAGGAAGACAACCCAACGUUUCCGGACAGCCUACCGAUGGCACUGCGGCGCAUGAAGAGCCUGGAGAAGAAAAUGUCGAAAAACCCUAAGUUGAAAGCUGCAGUGAAACAACAAAUAAUCCAGUAUCUGGAAAAAGGCUACUGUCAUAAAGCAACGAAGGAGGAACUGGCAUCUGUAAUCCCUGGCAAGGUUUGGUACUUGCCGUUAAACGUUGUUGUCAAUCCGAAAAAAGACAAGAUUCGCUUGGUAUUGGACGCGGCGGCCGAAGUGAAUGGUGUGUCGCUCAACUCCAAGCUCCUGAAAGGGCCGGACUACUUGGCCUCUCUACCAUCCGUGAUCGCCAAAUCUCGGGAGUUUCUCAUCGGAUUUGGAGGUGACAUCCGUGAGAUGUUUCACCAGCUCAAAGUUCGACCGGAGGACAGACUGGCGCAACUGUUUGUAUUUGGAAACGAAAUCUACGUGAUGGAUUGUGUCAUUUUUGGAGCCACCUGCUCUCCUAGUAUGGCAAUGUUCGUGAAAGACAAGAAUGCUCGGGACUACGCUGAACAGUUCCCAGAAGCUUAUGAUGCAAUCGUCCACAAGCACUAUGUGGACGAUUACUUCGACAGCGCGGACACUGUCGAAAAGGCUGUCCAGCGGGCAAGCGAGGUAAGAUUCGUUCACUCUAAAGGCGGUUUCGAAAUCAGAGGCUGGGUGUCAAAUUCUCUGGAAUUCCUGGAACGCAUGGGUGAAACGGAGGAGAAACAAGCAAUUCAUCUCGACUCGGCUAAUCCGGAACGCGUUUUGGGGAUAGUGUGGAACACAAAGGACGACGUCUUCGCAUUUACAACCAAGAUGCGCGACUCGUUAAUGCCAUACCUGUACGAUGGAAAGGUCCCUACGAAACGCGUAGUGCUUAGUUGCGUCAUGAGUCUCUUUGACCCGCUAGGACUAUUGGCGCCGUUCACAUUUUUUGCGAAAGUGCUGAUCCAGAUCCUCUGGAGAAAAGGCUGCGAAUGGGACCAAGUCAUCGACGGAGAAGCGCUGGAGGGUUGGAAACGGUGGACGAGCUAUUUGGGAGCUGUAGAAGUGGUAAAGAUACCGCGGUACUACUUCGGCGACGGUCUUGCUCUCGACUACUCAACGCUGCAGCUGCACAUUUUCGCAGAUACAAGCGAGAAUGCCUACGGCUGCGUAGGCUACUUCCGCAUCUUAGCUGGGGAGGUCCCUCGAUGUGCGUUGGUGCAAGCAAAAUCAAAAGUCGCACCGAUCAAGCAAGUGUCGAUCCCGCGGCUGGAAUUGAUGGCGGCCGUACAAGGAAUUCACGCACCGUUCACUCAUGGGUUGUUUCCGAUCAAAGAAAAUAUAAGGCUUUCGUUGCAUUUCGGAUUGGAGAGAUUAUCAGCCGGUCGCGGCCAUCAGAGUGGCGGCACUAAACUGAAUGUUGCGGACCAACUAACGAAAUGGAGCAAUGGUCCGAAGCUUGAUUCAAACAGUUCUUGGUUGCGGGGUCCGCAGUUUUUGUACAAACCAGAAGCUGAGUGGCCAUUACAGCAAUUCAAAAAACCGAAUGUCGAAGAUGAGAUGCGAGCAACAUUCCUGCUACACGACGUCGAAGUACAAGGUCAGUUGGUGGACAUAUCCAGAUUUUCUAAGUGGAACGUGCUUAUCAGAACGCUGGCAUGCGUAAAUAGGUUCAUCAACAAUCUGCGAGCGAAACGACAAGGGAAGGUGAUAGAAGUUGUUCCAGCACCGCCGAAAAUUAAAGCAUUAGUACUUAGGAAGGUAUCGGCUAUCGAGAAGCCGAUCGACCGCGAAGAACAUCAAGUAGCAGAAAGAGCGUUGUUGAAGUUGGCACAAGUGGAGGCAUAUCCGGACGAAGUGAGAACUUUGAUGAAGAGUCGUCAAACAAAAUGUUCAACCGGAGUGAGUCUGGAAAAAAGCAGUCUUCUCUACAAGCUGUCACCGAUACUGGAUGAGUUUGAUGUAAUACGAAUGGAAGGACGGUUGGCCACGGCGGAUUUCCUACCCUUCGAACUGCGUUACCCGAUAGUGUUGCCAAGGGGCCAUCAGAUCACACGUAAACUUCUGGACCAUUAUCAUCAAAAGUUCGGCCAUGCAGGACGGGAGACGGUCACCAACGAAGUGCGACAGAGGUUCUGCAUUCCGCAUCUUCGAGCCGAAAUAAAGAAGGUGAUGGACAGUUGCAUGUGGUGCAAAAUUAAGAAAUGCAAACCUGACACACCGAGAAUGGCACCGUUACUAACACAACGUAUAACGCCCAAUCGUCGUCCGUUCAGCUUUAGUGGAGUCGACUUCUUCGGUCCCCUGGAGGUAACCGUCGGUCGGCAUGUGGAGAAACGAUGGGUGGCGUUGUUCACAUGUCUCGUUACCAGAGCAAUCCACCUAGAAGUGGCCCAUAGUUUGUCAAGCCAGUCCUGCUUGAUGGCAAUAAGACGGUUUGCAUGUCGACGGGGAAUGCCAGCGGAGUUCUUCUCAGACAACGCGACCAAUUUCGUAGCUGCGAGUAAAGAGGUGAUGAGGAACAUCGUGAUGAGCUGUAGUGAAGCGUUCACGGACGCAAGAACUAAAUGGAAUUUCAUUCCACCAGCGGCCCCCCAUAUGGGCGGGGCCUGGGAGAGAAUGGUUCGAUCUGCGAAGGGGGCUUUAGCGGCAUUGGACGACGGAAGAAAACUCACCGACGAAGUAUUGCUGACGGUUCUGGCUGAGGCGGAAGAUGCGAUCAACUCUAGACCGCUAACAUAUAUGCCGCAGGCGCCGGAUACGGUGGAGGCUUUGUCACCGAAUCAUUUUCUGCGAGGUUAUCCAUCAGGAGGAACAGAGUCGUACGUUAUCCCCGCGAACAAAGCAGAAGCAUUACGGGAUGGUUACAAGCGGUCCCAGUGGUUGGCGGACAAGCUAUGGCAGAGAUGGUUGCUGGAGUAUUUGCCGCUCGUCAACAAGCGUACGAAGUGGUACACAGAUCAUGAACCGAUCAAAGUCGGCAUUGUGGUCUAUCUGGCGGACAACGAAAAUAGGAAGACGUGGAUCCGGGGAAUCGUCGAGCAAGUCAUAAAAGGCAUCGACGGGCGCGUCAGACAGGCGAUUGUACGAACAACCAACGGAGUCUUCAAACGUCCAGUGGCUAAGAUAGCGGUGCCUGAAAUUGAAAGCUGUAAGUCUGGCUCCAAUCCGGAAUCUACACCAGAAUUACGGGGCGGGGCUGUUGCGGCACCACUGGGCGCACUGCCGGACGCCCUUAGCGCUCCCCAGCUGUGA